CAUCACUCUUGCUAUUUACUACACCCUCCAUCCCAUCAUUGAUCAUGGCGGACGACAACGAAGUGCCAGAAGGCUUGAUGGAACGACUCGCCGCCCACUCCAAAGCCUUCGAGUCCCUCCUCGCGCUCACACCCGCCCGCGAGUACUACGGCAGUCAGAUUGACGACGGCCUUGAUCCGAGCGAGCAAUGGAACCGCAAGAAGCAGACGAAGGAGCAGAAGCGGGCGGCGAAGAAGGCGAAGCUUGAUCCCGCCAACCAGAAGAGUGCGCUGGAUAUCAUGAAGGAGAGAGAGCGGAAGCGGAAGAGGGAAUUGGGUGAGGAGGACGAGGAAGAGAGCAAACCGGAGGAGCCGAAAGGAAAGAGGCAAAAGGCCGAGCCCAGUGCGGAGGAGGUGGAGGCGAAGAGGCUGGCGAAGGCGGAGAGGCGGAAGGAGAAGCUGAUGCGGAAGAAGGAGAAGGCUGCGAGGGAGCAAGCGAAGAAGGAGAGGAAGAAGGCGGCGAAGCAGGAGAGCAAGUUGGAGGAUCAGCCUCUGCGACUUGAUGAAGACGAUGAUGGUGGGGAGCAGCCAACUGCAGCUGGUGAUGACGUGGAGAUGAAUGGCUUCGACGUCUCUGGGCUAGAUGAUACGGAGUCGCGGGAAGAGUCGAAGCGGGAGGACCACCAUGAAGACGCCGCAUCUGAACCGUCAUCUGCACCCUCGAGCCCGAAUGCCGACAGCCCAGCCUUCGAUGUCGCCACCAACCAGUCAACAGCUUCAUCCUCAUCGUCCAUACUCCCGCCAUCCGUCGCAUCACAGCCAAAAGAGACCGCACCACCAAAGCAAGCUCCGUCAAGACCCACCAUCACCACCGACCUACUUUCAACCACAACCCACUCGCGAACCGACUCCGUCCUAAAGCCCGCCUCCCCACCCUCGCGCACGUCUUCUCCCAAACUUCAACUCCCCAACAUCGACACCCCCCUCCUCCAAGAACGUCUCCGCCAACGCAUAGAAGAACUCCGCGCCAAACGCAAAGCGGACGGUCCCGACGGUCGUCCAGCACGAAGUCGACAAGAACUCCUCGAACAGCGCCGGAAAAAAGACCAACAGCGCAAAGCCGCAAAGAAAGAAGCCUGGCGAAAAGCCAAGGAGGACGAAGCGCGAAAACGAGACGAGCAGAUCCGUGCUUCCUCUGGAAGUCCGAUGGCGAUGGACAUGUUCAGCCCCCGCACGCAGCAACAGGCAGAGCCGAACUUCUCCUUCUCGCGUCUCGCGUUUGAGGACGGCACGGCGGCGGACGCAUCACUCACCACCCUCUCCGAAGCGAGGAAACGCAAAGGUCCCUCAGACCCACGCACGGCCCUCGAAGCCGCUACUAAGAAACAGACCCGCAUCUCAGGCUUAGAUGCCGAAAAGCGGGCAGACAUUGGGGAGAAAGACAUGUGGCUGCACGCGAAACAACGCGCGCAAGGGGAGAGAGUGAGGGACGACACGAGCUUGCUCAAGAAGGCGCUGAAGCGGAAGGAGAAGCAGAAAAGUAAGAGUGCGGAGGCGUGGAAGGAGAGGGAGGAGAAUGUGGUGAAGGGACGGGAAAUGAAGCAGAAGAGGAGAGAGGGGAAUUUGGCGAAGAGGAGGGAGGAGAAGGGUGGCGGUAGUGGUGGGAAGAAGAAGGGGAAGAGUGGUAGUGGGAGUGGGAAGGGGAGUGGUGGGAAGGGGAAGGAUGGUGGGAAGAAGAAGGGGAGGGCGGGGUUUGAGGGGAGGUUUAAGGCUUGAAAUAGUAGCACUGAAACGAAGUUUAUCACGCCGAGACUACUGCUGCCCUUGCCGUACUUGAGGUACCCUGACCGCAGACGCACGUAUACCAAGAGUGUCCCAAGCCGGAGUUUUCAUUCGCUGAACUAAGACUAUUGCUUUCAAGCCGUUCAACGGCAGACGCACGCCUAUUCAUUGUCCUGAGCUGACUUCGACGUUCGUCAAUCCGGUCAUGUAUCGUCCAGAGCAUGCUUUUCCCCCUCCCGCUAGAAGGUUGCUGCAGAGCGCCUGAGUAGUUAGGCAGCGGAAUCCUGCUCCAGUCGGACAACCCUGU